AUGGACAGGAAAGAGACAAGUAAUCCAUUCGAUACAGCUGGUGUUUUCUCUCGAAUAUUUUUCUGCUGGGUUUUUCCUAUAAUAAACAAGGGAAGAAAGCAAAUUUUGAAAGAAGAAGAUUUACACGGAGCCUCGCAAUAUCACACCUCACAGUAUCUUGGGGAUCUACUUCAAAAAGAAUGGAAAAGAGAAUUGCAGAAGAAAAAUCCGAGCAUACUGAAAGCUACCUUACGUUUUGUUGGUUGGAAAUACUUGAUGGUAAUACUACUUGUACUAAUUCAGGAAACAGCUGUAGUUACAGGUCAAGCAUAUUUUUUAGGAUCAACAAUAUGUUAUUUUGAAAACAGACAGGAAUGGAAUCACUACAACGUUUAUGUUACAAUUGCAGGAUUCUUUGCUGCAACUGCGAUUUAUUCGUUUACGCAUAAUACUAAUCUGUUUAUGACAGAAUAUUAUUCAAUGAAACUGAAGGUAGCUUUCUGCACUCUUGUUUAUAGAAAGGCAAUUAGGUUAAGUUCUUCGUCUUUGGAAAAAUCAAAUGUGGGACAAAUGGUAAAUCUUCUAGCAAACGACGUUGGCAAAUUCCAGAACAAAGUUUUCUCCGUUGCAUCUUUAUUUACAUCGCCUUUCUUCAUCAUUUUUUCGAUAUUGAUGCUAUGGCAAUAUUAUGGAUGGACUAUUUUAAUGGGAUAUUUGGUAGUAUUUCUCUUCGUUCCUAUACAAAUUGCUUUGAGUAAACUAUAUUCAAAAUUGAGGUAA